CGGCUGGCCCCGCCCCCGCGCGCGCCGGCGGCGGCGGGGCAGCCUCGCUCUGGCUCGCGCCGCGCCCCCGCGCCCAGUCAGCGCGUCAGUCGGUCCCUAGCGCGGCUGCGGGGCGGAGAGCUGUGGCCGGCCCAGCGCGCCCACCUGAGGAGGCGGCGGGGUCUGCGGGCGUCGCGGGAGGAGGAGAUCGGAGCCGGGAGACUCGCGCAGCGCCAUGGCCCCCAUUGGCCUCAAAGCUGUGGUCGGAGAGAAGAUUAUGCAUGACGUGAUAAAGAAGGUCAAGAAGAAGGGGGAAUGGAAGGUGCUGGUGGUGGAUCAGUUAAGCAUGAGGAUGCUGUCCUCCUGCUGCAAGAUGACAGACAUCAUGACCGAGGGCAUAACGAUUGUGGAAGAUAUCAAUAAGCGCAGAGAGCCGCUCCCCAGCCUGGAGGCUGUGUAUCUCAUCACUCCAUCCGAGAAGUCCGUCCACUCUCUCAUCAGUGACUUUAAGGACCCGCCGACUGCUAAAUACCGGGCUGCACACGUCUUCUUCACUGACUCUUGUCCAGAUGCCCUGUUUAAUGAACUGGUAAAAUCUCGAGCAGCCAAAGUCAUCAAAACUCUGACGGAAAUCAACAUUGCAUUUCUCCCGUAUGAAUCCCAGGUCUAUUCCUUGGACUCUGCUGACUCUUUCCAAAGCUUCUACAGUCCCCACAAGGCUCAGAUGAAGAAUCCUAUACUGGAGCGCCUGGCAGAGCAGAUCGCGACCCUUUGUGCCACCCUGAAGGAGUACCCGGCUGUGCGGUAUCGGGGGGAAUACAAGGACAAUGCCCUGCUGGCUCAGCUAAUCCAGGACAAACUCGAUGCCUAUAAAGCUGAUGACCCAACAAUGGGGGAGGGCCCAGACAAGGCACGCUCCCAGCUCCUGAUCCUGGAUCGAGGCUUUGACCCCAGCUCCCCUGUGCUCCACGAAUUGACUUUUCAGGCUAUGAGUUAUGAUCUGCUGCCUAUCGAAAAUGAUGUAUACAAGUACGAGACCAGCGGCAUCGGGGAGGCACGGGUGAAGGAGGUGCUCCUGGACGAGGACGACGACCUGUGGAUAGCACUGCGCCACAAGCACAUCGCAGAGGUGUCCCAGGAAGUCACCCGGUCUCUGAAAGAUUUUUCUUCUAGCAAGAGAAUGAAUACUGGAGAGAAGACCACCAUGCGGGACCUGUCCCAGAUGCUGAAGAAGAUGCCUCAGUACCAGAAAGAGCUCAGCAAGUACUCCACCCACCUGCACCUUGCUGAGGACUGUAUGAAGCAUUACCAAGGCACCGUAGACAAACUCUGCCGAGUGGAGCAGGACCUGGCCAUGGGCACAGAUGCUGAGGGAGAGAAGAUCAAGGACCCUAUGCGAGCCAUCGUCCCCAUUCUGCUGGAUGCCAAUGUCAGCACUUAUGACAAAAUCCGCAUCAUCCUUCUCUACAUCUUUUUGAAGAAUGGCAUCACAGAGGAAAACCUGAACAAACUGAUCCAGCACGCCCAGAUACCCCCAGAGGAUAGUGAGAUCAUCACCAACAUGGCUCACCUCGGCGUGCCCAUCGUUACCGAUUCCACGCUGCGUCGCCGGAGCAAGCCGGAGCGGAAGGAGCGCAUCAGUGAGCAGACCUACCAGCUGUCACGGUGGACUCCAAUUAUCAAGGACAUCAUGGAGGACACUAUUGAGGACAAACUUGACACCAAACACUACCCUUAUAUCUCUACCCGUUCGUCUGCCUCCUUCAGUACCACCGCCGUCAGCGCCCGCUAUGGGCACUGGCAUAAGAACAAGGCCCCAGGCGAGUACCGCAGUGGCCCCCGCCUCAUCAUUUUCAUCCUUGGGGGUGUGAGCCUGAAUGAGAUGCGCUGCGCCUACGAGGUGACCCAGGCCAACGGAAAGUGGGAGGUGCUGAUAGGAUCCACACACAUCCUCACCCCACAGAAACUGCUGGACACACUGAAGAAACUGAAUAAAACAGAUGAAGAAAUAAGCAGUUAAAAAAAUAAGUCGCCCCUCCAAAACACGCCCCCAUCCCACAGCGCUCCGCAGCUUCCCACCACCGCCCGCCUCAGUUCCUUUGCGUCUGUUGCCCCCCUAGCCCUGCACGCCCUGGCUGGCACUGUUGCCGCUGCGUUCUCGUGUUCAGUGACGCCCUCUUCUCGUUUGAAACAAAAGAACAUAAUGCAUUGUGUUUUUUAAAAAGAGUAUCUUAUAUAUGUAUCCUAAAAAGAGAAGUUCAUGUGCAAUUGGUGCACAGCAGGAGAAAUUUCUGGACUGUUAGGAUGAAUGGACGCCUUCUCCCCGUUAUUUAAGAUUUGUGACCUUGUACAUAACCCUGGGUGACAUGUGCACAUUGCUUGGGUAUGGAACGGUAGAAAUUUGGGUGUUUUUAAAACCUUGUUUAGGGUUGUUCCUGUCCUUGUUGAGAAUCAUAGAGAUGUCUGUGUUCUUGGAGUAUUUCACACUGAGGACUAAUCUGUUAUCUUCAUUCCAGUCCCUACCCCUCAGUGCCUGCUCUCAUCCAAAUAACCUGGGAGGUGACAAUCGGGAUAUCUCAGGAGGUCCGAGGUGGAACAGACCUCUUUGCCUUUCCCAGCGUCUCAUACCCCCGGUAGUGCAGCUGUGGGUGGAGGCUGGGGUGUCUGCACGAAGCCAGGCCAGCGUCCUCCUCCACAGCCUGUCACUGCCCCCUCCCCGGCCUGUGUCCACAGUGCUGUGAUCACGAGGGAAGUCCUCCAGCCUAAGUCACAGUGCCCUGACAGGUGAGAAGCAAACUCCCGCUGGAAGCCUCCAUCUCUUUGGAAAAACAGUUAGUCUGGAGCCUGUGGCCCAGGCCCUUCUGUCCCCAGGCAUCACCCCAACAGCUCAUUUUUCCUAGUCAGCCUUCAUUCAAGGGUCAGGAAUGGACCAGAAGAGAUGGGUUCUGGAGGCCCCUGAACAGAAGGGCUAUGGCUGUGGAGAAGGUUCUUGGCCCGUUGGACUCACACAGACCCUGUACCCUCUUGACAAGCAUCUUCAGUCAGAUUAUCCUCAGUUUCAGAUACUUCAUAAUACCUUGUGUCGUGUGGGGUCAUACAUCAUCGUGUUUGUAAGAGAAGAUGGUCAUUUUGUUCUCUGUAUAAAACUUAGCUCUAAAGCAGAAACUAAAGCAGCAAAUGCAGGAAGGCUGUCUCGCCAUCCUCAAGACUCAGCAGCUCUCAUUCUCCAGUGGUGAGCACACCAUUUGUGCUGCUGCUGUUGUCGUGAAAUAUAAUAACAGUGGAAGUCACAAAAAUGUCCCCUGCCCAGCCCCCUCGCCGCCCUUGACCUCCUGCAGGCCAUGUGUGUAUUACUUGUCUAGUGAUGUCCUCUCAAAGUGCUGUACGCGAGCUCGGCGCCACCUCCGCCUCCCUUUCAGAGCCUGCUCCCCGCCCUUUCUGCGCACUGCAUUGUGGUGUUCUCUUCUCAAGGCUUUGAAAUCUCCCCUUGCACUGAGAUUAGUCGUCAGAUCUCUUCCCGUCUCCCUCCCAACUUAUACGACCUGAUUUCCUUAGACAGAACCACAGGCACCUGCACCAGGCGUCUUACUCCCGCUGCUUGUUCUGUCCCCUCCCUCGGACCAAACAGUGCUCAUGCUUCAGGACCUUGUUUGUCGAAGAUGUUGGUUCCCUUUCUCUGUUAUUUAUAUAAAAAUAAUUUAUCAAAAGGAUAUUUUAAAAAAGUAGUCUGUCUUGAAACUUGUUUACCUUAAAAUUAUCAGAAUCUCAGCGUUUGAAAGUAUUGAAGCACAAACAUAUAUCAUCUCUGUACCAUUCUGUACUAAAGCACUUGAGUCUAAUAAAUAAAGAAAUCAGCACCCCU